AUGACAAGAAAGAAAGUUAAGCUUGCAUACAUCACAAAUGAUAGUGCAAGGAAGGCCACCUUCAAGAAAAGGAAGAAAGGGCUGUUGAAGAAGGUGAGUGAGCUUAGCACCCUUUGUGGAAUUGAAACAUGUGCAAUUAUUUACAGUCCUUAUGAAGCACAGCCUGAGGUUUGGCCUUCCCCCUUGGGAGCUCAAUGUGCGAUCGCGAGGUUGAAGACGAUGCCGGAGGCGGAUCAAAGCAAGAAAAUGGUGAACCAGGAGAGUUUCCUGAGGCAAAGGAUAACCAAAGCUCAAGAGCAGCUGAAGAAACAGCAGAAAGAGAACCGAGAGAAGGAAAUGACACAAGUCAUGUAUAGGGGGUUGGUUGGUGAAGGGUUGGAAAAUCUGAGUAUUGUUGACUUGAAUGACAUGGGGUGGCUUAUUGACAAAAACAUAGCUGAAAUUGACGAGAAGAUUAAGUCACUCCAACAAAAGCCUCCUCCCCAUGCAAUGCCUUCAGUGGCAAGCCAAGCCAUUAAGACUGAGAAGAUUAAUAUCAAUGAUCAUCAUCAUCAUCAGGAAGCAAAGAAUAACACGAUUGAUCAUCAGCAAUUGUUAAUGGAGUUUCUGAAACCGAAUGAAGACAUGGGAAUUACACAGAAUCAUGAAUGGCUAAUGGAGUUGCUGAAAUCAUCAAAUGAUCAGAAUGUGGGGUUUGGCAGGAACGAAGAUGUGCUGCAGCCAUAUGCAUUUAAUAGCAAUAGUUUGUGGUACUCUAGUUUUCCUUAA